CAACUGCAUCUAUAUAAUACCAUUCACUGCGUUGCUUGUUGUCAAGUCCAUAACCUCUCUCUCUCUCUCUAUAUAUAUAUACAUAUAUAUACAGCACAGCAAUGGAUAUGAAUCAUCUGAUUCACAACUGCUUGAACGAAGUGGUUAUGGCAGUAGUUUUUGUCUCGCUAUGUUUGAUCCUAUCUCCGUUCUUCAUUUUCAAGUUCAUGCAUAUGAUCUCGAGAUGCUUCUGCAGUACUGAAAACAUGAAAGGAAAAGUAGUUCUCAUCACUGGUGCUUCUUCAGGAAUUGGGGAGCAAUUGGCUUAUGAAUAUGCCAAGAAAGAAGCUUCACUGGUCAUAGUUGCCAGGAGAGAGAAGCGUCUCCUAGAGGUUGCUGAGAAAGCUCGCGGACUUGGUUCCCCUCAUGUUCUUUCUGUUUGUGCAGAUGUCUCAGACGUCAACGACUGUAAACGAUUUGUUGAUGAAACUAUCAACCACUUUGGCCAAUUGGAUCAUUUGGUAAAUAAUGCCGGGAUAGGUUGUACCUGCACAUUUGAAGAUGUCACUGACAUUACCAAGUUCGCACCUGUGAUGGAUAUAAAUUUUUGGGGAUCAAUUUAUGCUACUCAUUUUGCAAUUCCUCACCUCAAAAAGACCAAGGGAAAGAUUGUCGUAAAUUCGUCAUCUGCGGCACUGUUACAUCCACCAAGAAUGAACUUAUACAGUGCAAGUAAAGCGGCAUUGAUAAGCUUCUAUGAGACACUGAGAGUUGAGUUGGUUCCUGAAAUCACAAUGACUAUUAUAACUCUAGGUUUUAUAGAAUCAGAAAUCACCCAAGGCAAAGUUUUAUCCAAGGAUGGUUUCAUUGAAGUAAAUUGCAAACUGAGAGAUGAUGCUGUUCAGGCAAUGCCGGUGAUGAGUUGCAGGGCAUGUGCAAAAGCCAUUGUUCAUGGAGUGUGCCGAGGAGAAAGAUAUGUGACUGAACCAAAAUGGUUCAGGGUGCUGUUCAUGCUUAGAAGUUUGUCUCCUGAACUGGUUGAAUGGUAUUACCGAACUUUUUACUUCACAAAACCAACAAUCUCUAAUCAGAUGGUAUCAGACAACCUUCGAUCUACUUCACACGGGGUCACACAAACCAAAGCGGACUAGGUUUAUAUUUUUGAGGUUCUUUUUUGUUAGUGUGUUAUUGUUGAUCAAUCAACUUGUUUGCGCUGUUUCAAAUUUUAGUUCUUUUUGUAUCUUCAUCAUGUCUGUACUUUGUAAUUGUUUGCAUGUCUUGGUACUGCAAAAAGCAGUACUUGUACUUUUAUCCUAAAAAUCAUAUUAUUGUGAUACCUCUCCGCAAUUCAA